UCCAGCGGCAAGUAGCGACCCACAACAAUGACCGAAUUCUUCCCUGUGUUUACCGUCUUCCUGAUGGGGUGGAAUAAGUCACUUUUGGCGAUUUUAACUGACUUACUUAGUGUAUGUGCCUAAGUUGAAGGGAAAAUUUAUGUGUAGGGUGCUGAUACAUCACAGAAACCAUGAGUUCAACGGGCAAGACUGAGAACACAAAGUCAGACGGUUCAAAGACAGAAAAGGAUAAGAAUGAAAAAGAAAAAACAGAUAAGGCAAAAAAACCAGAGAAGAAAAAAUUGCCAACAAAAGUUCAGCUAGAGAAAUGGACCUCCUCUAUAAAUGCUCUGUUAUCAGAUCCUGAUGGUGUGGAAGCCUUCCGAAAUUUUUUAUUGGAAUUAGAGGCGGAUGGAGAGGAAGGAGAGUUUACAAAAUACAUUGACUUCUUUAUUGCAUGUGAGAAGUACAAAGCUAGAUUUAAGGAACUGGAAGACACCGCAAAAUCAAUAUUUGAAGAAUACCUUGCGGAAGCUGCUCACCGAUCACUUCUUUUACAGGUGGGAGCAGAUAAGGAAGUUGGAGGUGGUAGUGAAAGUGUAGAAAUAGGGGACAAGUUAGAAGAAGAGGGACUAGAAGGUGUGACUCUGUUUGAUGAAGCUCAGCAAAACAUUAAAAAGAAGCUUGCAGAUGGCGCGUACAUAAAUUUCUGCCUUGACAUUAAAAAGAAGCUCAAGUUAUAACAGGACUUAGAGCAUCCAGUCAGUGCUCUUGUUGUUUUGUUUCAUCUGUUUUGUAACUGAAGAUUUAAUGAUGGUUAUAUAAAUUUUUGGCAUAUAUAUAUAUAUAUAUAUAUAUAUAUAUAUAUAUAUAUAUAUAUAUAUAUAUAUAUAUAUAUAUAUAUAUAUAUAUAUAUAUAUAUAUAUAUAUAUAUAUAUAUGGUUUAACUUUUACAAAAUAAGAUUUAUUUCACCAGAUGUUUGAUGAAAAAAGAAAUAUGUGCAUUACAGUACAGGUACUAUAUUUUUCAAUAUACAGUUUACAGUAUAUUAUAAAUUGUAAUAAUGAAAAGAAUGUUUUGUUCAAUAAGAGUUUUCCUGCCAUCAAUGAGUUCUAUGGAUUUGAACACUUAAGUGUACAAGUGUUUCAUUAUUUGGGUCAAGUUAUAAUUCCACAAAAGAUGGGGACUAUCAUUGUUCGUAUUUUGUGUUGGGAGGCUUUAUAGCAGUUCACUAGGUGUCACUUCAUGGAAUGAGAACUGGAGUUAUGCUUUCAAUUAAGAGUUUGUUGAUUGCCUCAGUGUUGUUUUUGCUAUGGGAAAGGGUUUUGUAUGUUAUAGCAAUAAAUAUGGUAAUGCCUUGUAAAAUAAGUGAAAAGUAUUUACAAUAUUGCUAAAUAUUUACUUUAUCUUUGAUAUUUUGUUUAUGAAAACUAUCUUAUAACUUGUAAAUAUCAUGCAGUUAUGUAUUGUUGCUUGCCGACAAAUGUUCAGUGUCUUCAGGAAAGUUGUACAGUAUGUACUUAAUAAUGAAGUGACACACAAAGUAUGUGAUACAAUCCUUCA